GAUCCCGGGACAUGGGGUCGAUCCUGUGAUCCCGGGACAUGGGGUCGAUCCUGUGAUCCCGGGACAUGGGGUCGAUCCUGUGAUCCCGGGACAUGGGGUCGAUCCUGUGAUCCCGGGACAUGGGGUCGAUGCUGUGAUCCCGGGACAUGGGGUCGAUCCUGUGAUCCCGGGACAUGGGGUCGAUCCUGUGAUCCCGGGACAUUGGGUCGAUCCUGUGAUCCCGGGACAUGGGGUCGAUCCUGUGAUCCCGGGACAUGGGGUCGAUCCUGUGGUCCUAGGACAUUGCCGGCACAAGUGGGGCACAAGAUGUGGGCGUGUCCCAGCAAAUCCGGGACAGUAUUCAUGCAUGUGAUUGGGUAUUUGGAGCGGGAUGGUUUCUGGAAGAGGUUUCUUUUGAGUGAUCUGCCUUUUGUACACUUCAGUUUAAUUUGGACGGUUCCCUCCGAUAUUUGCAGGUCAUCAACUUCCAGGAGCCGGUGA